GAUAACACAUGGGGGUAUUCGUCAGUCACGGAUCAACAGAGAGGCUAGGAUUAAAAGUCAGUCUUGGAGUAUACGAACCGUGUCAAGUUUUAAAAUUAUUAUCAGACGAUUCCAAAAAGGACAUUUUUUGAUUGUGACUAAUAAAAUUGCCUGUUAAUACAUUUAAACUGAAGUGAUAUCAUUAAUAGUGCUAGUGCUAUUUAACAACAGUGGAAAUUCAAGUUAUAUAUUUAUAAAAAAUUAAUUCAUAAUUUCAUAAUGCAGGAUUACAUAAAGUGUUGUUCAUUCAUGGAUACCUGGCUGACUGGAUUGGCACUGAAAGUUGGAUUAAUGCGGCUUUUAAAUUCACAUUUUUGUUGAAGAAUGGAUAUAUGUUGAGCAUAAAGUAUUGUGGCUUCAGAAAUUAAAAAUUAUUUGGAAUUUCUCAUCAAAGUUUGAUGAAACAUAGGACUAUGGUUGGCUGAUUUUUCUUUUACACCAGUAAAACAGCUCCCAUCAUUCUCUUGUGAUUUGGGACAUGCAUUUAUGCCAGUCCUCCAUAUAUCACGCCUUGACGUCACCUUGUGAGUCGUGUCCUUCCGGUUUGUCGCCACCAUCAGCACAUCUAGUACCACUGUGCAGGGCAUUUUCAAAACUGACUGCGAGCAACGACCCAACAUCACUCGGUCCUUUGACCACGAAGCAUCCGACAUGAGUCCCCCAAAUUGUAAUCCAGACCCUCUCAGCUCUAAUCACCUUCAGUCGCAGCUAUCAGAUUGCUUUAAACACAAUACAACACCUUAUCCCUUGAUGCCCGCUGAAUAUAAUGUGUGCAUGUCUAGGGUCUACCCAUUUAGUCACUCCACAAGCUGCCACAAGUGCGCCUCUACAGAUUUUCAUUCGCUUGUUUGCCCUGAGCCUGUGCACGUUGUUGGUCAAGAGUCCAUGCCUGGCGGUGUGUGUGGAUGUGUCCAAAUUCUUUCCUUUUGGAGCAGCAGUAGGUGACAGAAUGACGCCUAGGACAGACGAUGGGAGCUCUGGCGCCAUCAACCUCACUGUUCAUUUCCCAUUCUUCGGCUGGUCGCAUGAUAAGCUUUAUGUAAAUAACAAUGGUGUGGUUUCGUUCAAGAAGGAGCUUGUUGAUUUCAAACCUUUGAGGUUUCCUCUGGAAGAUGAGACGCCCCUUAUUGCUCCCUUCUGGGCUGAUGUUGACAUCUCUCCUGAUGGAGACAAUGGCACUGUUUGGUAUAGGGAGUCCAAGGAUCCAGAAAUUUUAGCCAAGGCCACUCAAGAAAUAAGGCAGUACCACUCAGCCUUCAAAAAUUUUCGAGCUUUUUGGGUAUUUAUUGCUACAUGGGAGGAGGUUGGAUUUUUUGGGGCAGAAAGUCUAGGUCGUUUAAAGAGAAACACAUUCCAGGCUGUCCUUGUUCUUGAUGCGACUGGCCGGCAGUCUUUUAUUAUCCUGAACUAUGCCAAGAUUGAAUGGACGACAGGAUCCAACAGUGGGGCAGACGUACAUAUUGGCCUUGGCGGGAUCCCCGCCCAGGCUGGCUUCAACGCUGGGGACAGGACCAACUUCUAUGAGAUAGAUGGUGCCAACACUGAGGCUGUCAUCAACCUGACAGAAACAUCAAACCUGGGCAUCCCAGGGAAGUGGAUCUUCCGCAUUGACUCCAGUCAUAUAGAAACUGGUUGUUCUCUCUCAACAUCAGGCGAGGUGUACCCACAGCCAGCGUACAGUUCAAUGCUGGGUGGGGUGACCAUUGGCAUCUCAGGACCUUGUCUUAACUCCACGUCUGACAUCCAAGGUCAGCUCCAGCAGCUGGGGCAAGAUCUCUGUUGUUAUGUUGAGGGUGAGCAGGCCAGGUGCAUCCUUCCACCUGUCUUUGACACAGGUGUACUCACCAUCUUGCUGAACGUGGAUGGAAGGGGAUGGAAUUAUUCAGGCAAAUUUGAAAUCAAAAAUGUCAUGGAUGUACCAGCAGAAAUCACAAGAAAGAACCCUGAAGACUGGAGAACAGGGGUGAAGGUUUCUGUCAAUUGGUCAGAGCCUUACUUCAACGCCAGCGAGUACCUCAUUGAAAUCUUAGUUUUUAAAAAUGACAAUGCAUCAUUGAUAUCUGUGUACAACAAAAGUUUUGAGCCACCCAGCAGUCGAGAAUAUGAGCUAGAAAUGCCACCCAGCUCUGUGUUUUCAGGCUUCACAGUGGCUGUUGUUAGAAUAUCUGCUGCCAGUCUCUACUGCAACAACACUAGACCUGCCAUCUACUCUGAUGUUUUCCCUGUACGGUUCUCAAGGCGAGAUUCAGAGAAGCUUUGCUCUGAUUGGCUGUUGAAGCAGUCUUCAUUGCCCCCACUUGACUUGACUGGGAUUUGUCCGUGCACCCUGAGACAAGCAGAAGGAGACACCGCCCAGUUCAGCACUGAUCCAUUUUGUUACUCUUGGUCAAGCUCGCCACUCAACUGCCAGUAUAGGUCAAAGGCAGCCGUCCAGUGUAUUAGCCCAAAUCAUGUCAGUGAGUACUCCUCUACAUAUCUCUGCUGCUAUGACAAAAAGAGCAGUGAGCUGCUGAAUGCCUUUGCUGGGAAUGGUGGGGGUACUGUCCAGCUCUACAACUACCGCCAGAGGAGGACUGUUGAUGAUGACAGUAUUGUCCCCUACUUCACCUACAUGGAGAUGGAUUUAGUCCCCUAUCUGCAUUGCUGUGAUUUCUCGUCUAACCAGACCCUGUGCAAUCAAUACCUAGGCUACAGGCAGCCUGUUGGCUGUAAGGGCUAUGCACCUCCAGCUGCAGCCCAAGCAGCUGGUGACCCACACAUUGAAACCCUGGACCGUCUGAGCUACACCUUCAAUGGGGUUGGUGAAUACAUCUUGCUGAGGGUCAAGGACACGGACACUGUUGUCCAGGUGAAGGCAUCACAGGCCUUGGAUGAGAAAGGUGUAGAACAAAAUGCGACUGUGUUUACUGCGAUGGCCUUGAACUCAAGUGGUCAGAGACUAGAGAUCAGAGCAGAGAGCCUGGACCUAGUGGCUCUCUAUGUCAACACUGUGGCCUUUGAUUUAAGCACACCCAUGGCUGUCUUGGAAGGGAUGACCAUCUACAAAAAUCAGACCCAGAAUGACAGUGUGGAGUUGACCAUUGUCCUAGAACAGACGGGGUUGUCUCUCCUUGUUGAAGCAACCACUGAAAAACUGUUGAACAUCAUGGUGAUGGCUGGCUCCCAGCUUAAAGGUAAACUGGAGGGACUGCUGGGAAACUUCAAUGGCGACCCAGCGGAUGAUCUGAUGGCCAGUGAUGGUAGACUGCUCUCCCCUGAGGCAAACAUGCGAGACAUCCACUUCAACUUUGGCCUGACAUGGGAAGUGCCAGCAAAUACAAGUCUGUUUACCCGACUAGCAUCAGACAUGGAGGAGUCCAACUUAGCUGACGCUGCAACCAACCAGAGUUAUGUCCCUGUAUUUGUUGAUGAAAUAGUUCCCAGGCGCAAUGAUACAUCUGUGCUAUGUGGAAAAAAUUUGCAAUGCAUGUACGACUAUGAGUUGACAGGAAAGAAAAGUAUUGCAAUGUCAACUCUGAAGUUUAAUGAGAGAUAUGAAGAAAGAUUGAAAGAAAUAGAACCAGUUACCCGAUGUGACUAUGUUCCUGGAGUAGAAAAUGGCAAUUUUAACAUAAGUGGCCAGAAGGUCAACGACACCGUUGUUGUGGAGUGUGACGAGGGUUUUGUCGUAAAUGGGACAGUAACAGUUCUCAAGUGUCUGCCCAAUGGACAGUGGAGCAGCUCACUUCCUUCUUGCUACAGAGUUCCAAUAAAAGCAGAAGAAACAUUUCCUUUGAUUUAUAUUGCUGUUGGAGCUGCUUCUGGGGGCUUUGUUCUAGUCGUGUUGGUGGUGUUUGCUGUACGGCUCACGUGGGGGCGCAACAAACCAAAGCCAGGGAAAGAUAACCAGACAGAUCAAAGCUCUGAUUGUGGACACAGUAUAGAGCUGCCAACCAUUUUCCCCAUAUCUGACAUUCCGUCUCCUGUAUUUGAGAACCCGCUAUUUUUGUCAAGCCUACAGAAACUGAGUGAAAAAGGAAGCUUCCACAUACCAAGGCCAACUUAUGUAGACCCAAAUAUAUACUCGGAGUACUUUUAAAAGACACUAGUGUUGGGUUACACUGACUUGAUAGAAUCAGCUAACACUUCCAACCUCAAUUGUCAACCAGUGUCACCAAGCCCUCUCCAUACCUUUGUACAACAGCUGACAUCAAACCCUCUAUACAACAGCUGAAAAGUCAACAAACCCUCUAUACAACAGCUGACAAGUCAACAAACCCUCUAUACAUCUGACAAGUCAACAAACCCUAUAUACAUCAGCUGAGAAGUCAACAAACCCUCUAUACAACAGCUGACAAGUCAACAAACCCUCUAUACAUCUGACAAGUCAACAAACCCUCUAUACAACAGCUGACAAGUCAACAAACCCUCUAUACAUUUGUACAACAGCUGACAAGGAAACUGGUAGGGGAAAGAAAAGUUUACAAAGACAGAAAAAUGUGUGCCUUUACUUGAAUGCACACGAUAAAACUUCCAAGCAUUCAAAAAUAAAACAACGUAAUGGCCAUUUGGGAAGGUAAUUGUGCAAGUCAGCAGGACUGACUUACAUGGCCAACAUGAUUUACAUUUAUUAUUCUAAGCAUGCAAGAGAAUUUAUUGUUCCAGUGCCUAUUUCAUGAUUCAGGAGAAAGCAAGCACAUUAUGGCAUAUCAACAUCAUCAUCCAUCUCUGAAGUGUAUUUUAUUUUCAGUGCACCAACUCUCAGCUAAUUAACAUCACACUUAAAUGACCUUAGUGCUCUGAACUUGAGCAGACACAUCUAAGUGCUGGUCUUAAGCACGCAUUCCUUACACAAUGUAUUUGGCUCUGAUUAAAAUUAUCUCCAGUGAUGAGUGAAGAAAGUACAAAAAUUGUUUAUCUGACUUCUUGGGCGUACCACUGAGAAAUUGAGGACAGUUGAAUAUUUUGGUGGGAACAUUUGUUGUGCUUGCUCAAGCCAUACAUCAGGAAUAUCAUGAUACUGUAUCUACUUCGCAGCAAUUUCAAACAUGGAACAGUCACAUGAACUUUUAUAAAACAAAUACUUGAAUUAUGAUUCAGUCGUCAACAUAGGCCUGUAAACUCACAACAUGUUUGUUGAGCUGAGGAUUAAACCAGAAAAACAAUGCAGCAGAGUGAUGAUAAAAUCACAAUACAUGCACCCCUUGUUUGUUUAUGGAUUUCAUCCUAUGGGGAUUGAUACAGUCUCAUGUGUGAGGAUUGGUACAGUCUCAUGUGUGAGGAUUGGUACAGUCUCAUGUGUAGGGAUUGGUACAGUCUCAUGUGUGAUUAUCAAAAUACAGUAAAGACUUGUUUGAGCCAAAAAAAACAGAUCACAUGAUUGACAGAGCCAACUUUAAAACCACAGUGUCCAGUUUUGGUACAGAAAUAAUGUCUAGCACUCAGACCAAAUCUUGGACAACACAAUAUUUCUCUCUGUUGGUUGGCGUUUGUAAAUUGAAUGUAAGAAAAGAUACCUCCUUUAUAUUUAGUCAACACAUUUAAAAUUUCUGUGCAUAAUGUUUUAUUUGGAUGUUAUUCUUCAUUAAUUUUUUUAUCGCAAAAAAAAAAGAAUAUUAACAUAUUUAUUAAACAUGUUAAAAUAUGAACUAAUUAAACAUGCUAAAGUGUUAAAAAGUUAACAUUUUCAUCAUAAACAUUUGAACAUUAAAAAUAUGAAAUGAUUAACUAAACGUGUUAAAAUAUUAAUGAACGGGGGAAAAAUUGUCAGCUUUUCCAAUAUUUAUCUGCUGCUGAAAGUAUUUCUAUAUGUUUGAUACCUACCCCAAAAAACAGUCAUUCAAAUUAUGCUUGGCAAAGUUUCUAACAACUGUCCAAUCCAACUAGAAAUCUAAUCCAAUUUUUUUACUACUGGGUAUGUGCUAAUGUAGUACAAGGAAACUAGUUUCAGUUUAUAUGUCUACACAGUUGCUAAUAAAUAACAAUCAAUCUACUUCUAAAAUUGGAGAAUAGAUUUGUUUAACUUUGUAGUAUGUUGUAACACACUAUUAUACUCCAACAAGACUUAGUCAUAAUUAGUCAUUUUAUUUUUUGUACCUAUAUCUAUUUGUGAAUGUGUCCAUGUAGUUGUAUGGACUUGAGAAGGCAUGCAAAUCUUCAUAGUGUGCUUUACUAUGUAGUUAAUGAGUUAACUAAGUCUCAGAUUGGUAGCAGUUAGCAUUUUGUUGAUCACAGCACAUUUGUACUAUACAUUUGAAAAAAUCUGGCUAAAAGUUUGAGUGAAUCAGGAACAUUAAAAUGUGAGCUGAACUUUGUGCCAUAUGUCACUGUAAAUGUGCAUCAAUAAUAUAGCACACAAAUAUUUUCUAUAUAAUUAUCAUCCUUUUGUUUGAGUGUCCUCCUCUGCACAUUUAAUGAUACCUAUAUAAUGAGAUGCAUAAUUUUUUUAUACUAGUUCUACAAGUUUGAGUAUAGCAGGGCUAUCUAAUAUUGUAGAUGCUUCAACUUUAGAUAAGUUCAUUUUUGACAUUUAUUUACUCAUGUUAAAUGUAGUUGUCUUAAAAUUGAAUCAUUUUCCGACAAUACCCAAUCAAUGUCUGUAGCAUAACCCAGCUCAUUAUCUUUUGUUUCCUUUAUUUUUACCAAGAAAAAUCAGGAGCCUGUUUUUAAUGUGUGGUAGACUCCAUUAUUGUCUAUAAUUACAUUUACUGACUUUUAAUUUUUUAUGAACAGGAACAGAAUAAAUCAUUAAAAUGCUUUUUAAUUUAAAAAAUAAUUCUUAAAACUAGAUUUUUUUUAAAAUUGUGAUUUUUAAUUAACUCUUUUUACAGAAUGUUAUUUUAAUAGUCAAAUUUUUAUCAUAACAAAAUUCUUAUUUAAAAAUGUAUUCCAAAGGUGCCAUUGAAAAAAUGUUAUCAAAUGUUACUUUUAAAAUGCUUAAAUCAUCUACUUAAUGUUUUUUUUUAAAACUAUACUGCUAGUUCGCUAGUACUUUUUGUACAUUAGAAAAUAAAUAACUUCAUAAUUUUCUGUUUAGCUAGAAGUACUUGAGUAAUUAGCAAAUAAUAUCCACCAGGGACAUUAACAAUCAGCCAAUAUGUAUAAUUUAUCUAGUUUUUUCUUCUUCUAAUUUUAGUAUGGAAAUGUAUUUUGUAGCUAUUUAUAAAAUAGAGUUUUGUGUUUCUUUAAUGCUCUUUGAUGUAUGAAUAGUUUAAUCAAAAUAUGUUAACAAGUGAAUGCAUAAGUAAUAAAAGUAUAUGUGUGUGUAUAUAUAUAUAUAGAUACAUACAUAGAUAAAAGUGUGUGAUUCACAGAAUACAAGCUUCCUAUUGUUAUCAUUAUCUUCUAUCUAGUCAAACCUGUUAAUAUUACUUCUGAUCAAUUGUUUGUUUUACUUGCUACGAGAACCUGAACUCAUGUAUCUGCCAUUUUUAAACCUGUAGAUAAUGGGUUUUUAAUUUGUUGUUGUAUCAUACCUACAGAUAACCAUGAGUGUAGCAUAAUUCUAUAUUAAUUAUGUCACAGGCAGAUCGUUAUAAAUUAUUAUUUGAUCUGAGAUGAGACGUUAAUUAGCAAUAUUUUCAGGUGUUUUUCCGCAAAGUCAGUUUGUGAAAUUUCAAAUGUUUGUACCGGUGCCUUUGUAUUUUCUACAUUACAACCAUAUUUACUUAAAGCUAAUUCGAAUGCUAAUAUUUAUUUUUAAAGUUCACGUGUCUUAUGGGCGAUAUGUUUUCUGCUUACUUAUUUUUUGUUUGUUUGAAAAGUGUUUUCAAAUAACUUAAUAUUGCACUUAUUCAUUAACUUAUUUUAAACUGUAUAUUUCUUAUAAAAAUGUAUAUAGUAGUGGAUAAAUUUCAUGUAUCCCUGCCCCACUUAAAACAAGAGCCUGUCAAGCAUGGGGGGGGGGGGAGAGAGAUUCUGAACUGGUUUUUUUUGUUUAAAUAAGAUCUUUAUUCGCAUUUGUCAUGAAGUUGUCCUGUUCUUUUUUCAAUUUUGAAACUUUUUCUGUCUGACCUUGUUUACUAGAAUCAGAAUUUUUUUGUCACAUGCAUGUUUGCCUACACCUAUUUUUAUCCUCAGCAAUAACAACAUAUUCCCAACAGCAACCUGUCUACAACACCAACCUGUCCACAACACCAACCUGUCUACAACACCAAUCUGUCUACAACACCAACCUGUCUACAACACCAACCUGUCCUCAACACCAACCUGCCCCCAACACCAACCUGCCCCCAACCUGUCCCCAACACCAACCUGCCCCCAACACCAACCUGUCUACAACACCAACCUGUCUACAACACCAACCUGUCCCCAACACCAACCUGUCUACAACACCAACCUGUCCCCAACACCAACCUGUCCCCAACACCAACCUGUCUACAACACCAACCUGUCUACAACACCAACCUAUCCCCAACACCAACCUGUCUACAACACCAACCUGUCCCCAACACCAACCUGUCCCAACCUGCCCCCAACACCAACCUGUCUACAACACCAACCUGCCCCCAACACCAACCUGUCCCCAACACCAACCUGCCCCCAACA